AUGGCUGCCGCAAACUCCAACAACUCGAAUUCGCAGCUCUCCGAGCGCCAGCGAUGGCACGAUGACUCGAGGCCCGCCUGGCCUUUAUUUCAUGCUCAGUGGUCUGCAGGGCAGAUCAUACUCACGAUGCUGCUGGGCCUAGUCAUCUAUGAUCAAGCCAUGUACAUCUGGAAGAAAGGCUCCAUCGCAGGACCGCGGUUUAAAAUCCCGCUCAUGGGUCCCUUUUUCCAGGCGCUCUACCCGAAAUUCGAGGGCUAUCUCGAGCAGUGGGCGAGCGGCCCCCUCAGCUGCGUCUCGGUCUUCCACAAAUUCGUCGUCCUUGCUUCAGACCGAGAUAUCGCACACAAAGUGUUCAAGACACCCUCGCACGCCGAGCCGUGCAUCGUCCCCGUCGCCAAAGACAUCAUCGGCCACAGCGCCUGGGUCUUCCUGCAGGGCAAAGCGCACGCCGAGUACCGCAGAGGUCUCACGCCGCUCUUCACCAACAAGGCCAUCGCCACCUAUAUCCCUGUGCAGGAAAAGGUCCUCUCUGACUACUUUGACCGCUUUGUCGCCUCCAGCACGGAGAAGAACGGAGAGGCCCACGAGUUCAUGACCUUCUUUCGGGAGAUCAACUGCGCACUCUCAUGCCGCACCUUUUUUGGUGAGUACAUCCCUCAAGAGGCGAUCAAGGAGAUCGCCAACAACCUGUAUCUUGCCACGGCGGCCAUGGAGCUCGUCAAUGUUCCGCUCUCGUUGUACAUGCCCUUUUCCAAGGUCUGGACCGGCAAGCGUGCUGCAGACGCUGUCCAUGCCCAUUUUGCCAGGGGCGCUGCGAUGUGCAAGGCCAACAUGGCGACCGGCGCCAAGCCAACAUGCAUUGUCGACCAUUGGGUGCUGCACAUGAUGGCCUCGAGCAAGUAUCGAGAGAAGCUCGCGGCUGGCGACGCAGACGCUGAGAAGCCAUCGAAUCUCAUACGCGAGUUCACAAACGAGGAGAUUGGCCAGACCCUGUUCACGUUCCUGUUCGCCUCCCAGGAUGCAUCCAGCAGCGCCACGACGUGGACUUUUCAGAUCCUGGCGCAGAGACCAGACGUCCUCAACCGCAUCCGCCAGGAGAACCUCGCAGCACGAAAUGGCGACAAGAGUGUGCCUGCCAACCUGCCCAUGCUCGAGUCCCUGACAUACACCAACGCCGUCGUCAAAGAGCUCCUUCGCUACCGCCCGCCUGUGAUUUUCGUCCCCUAUCUGGCGACCAAGAAUUUCCCCGUUACGCCCGAGUACACCGUCCCAAAGGGCGCCAUGAUCGUGCCGUCCUGCUACCCUUCACUCCACAAUCCAGAGGUAUAUCCGCGCCCGGACGUUUUCGACCCUGACCGCUGGAUCACGGGCGACGCUUCCUCCCAGACGAAGAACUGGCUUGUCUUUGGGGCCGGGCCGCAUGAUUGCCUCGCGCGCCGAUACGUGCCGCUGUCCAUGGUGCUGAUGAUAGGCAAGGCGUCGCUGGAUAUUGACUGGGAGCACCAUGCCACCGAGAAAUCCGAAGAGAUUCGAGUCUUUGCGACGCUCUUUCCCAUGGCCGGCCUCGGCCCCAAUCUCGAUAAGGCAGGCGUCAGUCAGUCAGUCAACCGCACGCUUCGUCACGAAGCAGCAUCGGGCGCAAUGCCCACCAACGAUGGGGAGCCGAGCUCUCCCGCCGACGACCGCCUCUCCAUCCGCAGCGACCCCUUCACCGAGUCCGUCUCGGACAGCGAUGCGUCGUCUUAUGCCAUCCGCCGGCGUGAGCGCCGCAAAAAGUACGCCAUCCGCAUGGUGGCCUUCAUCGUGGCAAACGCCUUUGCGCUCUGCGCCGGGUCCAACAUGGUCUUCUCCAUGUACGCGCCGCUCUUCCAGUCGAGAUUGCACUAUACGCAGCUGCAGGUCAACGGUGCGGCGAUUGCCAGCUCCAUCGCGCUGUACCUCCCCAUCUCCGUCCUCGGCUUCCUCUGCGAUCGAUACGGUGCGCCGCCGCUGGCGCUGGUGUCGGGCGUGCUUUUUGGGCUAGGCUACGGCAUCGCGGCCAUCAUCUAUCAAAAGCUGGACGAGGAGUACCGCACAGUCGGUAAAGCUCAUGCCAGCGCGGACAAGACCUACCCGCUCAUGGUCUUGGCGUUUGUCUGCAUCGGUGCGGGGACCUGCUCGGGCUACAUGGCAAGCGUCUCGACCGUUGCCAAGAACUUUGGCAAGGGCAAGUACCGCGGUCUGGCACUGGCGACCCCGAUCACCUGCUUUGGGUUGAGUGGCAUGUGGUUGAGCCAGGCAGGCACCAAGGUCUUUUAUGAGGAGCGGCCGGACGGGACCAGGGGCGACGUUGACGUGUACCGCUUCUUUGUGUUCCUGGCGUUGUUGCUAUUCGGCAUGGGGGUCAUUGGCACAUUCACGCUCCACGUGGUCGACGAGGAGGAUUUGAUUGACGAGGCCAUUGAGGAGCUGGAGCACAGUGGACUGUUGGAUGGAGGGUCGCUGCUCAGCCGGUCCGAGAGGCACAACUACGGUGCUGCUGGCCCUGCGACGCCGGCCGGCGAGAACGACAGUCCCUUUGACGAGGCCGGGAACGACGACGACGACAACAACAACAAUGCCAGAUGGAAGAAGAACUGGGUCUUGAAUGCCGAGACGAGGCAAUUCCUGAGCGAUCACACCAUGUGGCCGUUUGCCCUGGCCUUCUUGCUAAUGAUUGGACCGGGCGAGGCCUUUAUCAACAAUCUAGGCACGGUUCUGGGCACCCUGAUGCCUCCGGUCGCAUCGAGGUUGGAUCAUACCGCGGCCGCCACUCAUGUCUCCAUCUUCGGCAUCACCAGCACAAUCGCCCGUCUGCUCAUCGGCACAUUGACCGACCUCCUCGCGCCGUCUCCCAAGACCCAGCAUGUGCAGAUGGGCCCGGGUCGGCCGUCGUCGCCGCUGGGGCGGAUCACCAUCUCGCGCGUAGUGUUCAUGCUCUUCUUUGCUGUGCUCAUGUCGAUCGGCCUCCUGUUCCUCGCCUCGGGCGCCGCGCAGAACCACGCGGAACGUUUCUGGGUCGUCUCAGGCCUGGUCGGUGCCGGCUACGGUGCCAUCUUCAGUCUGACGCCUCUCAUCGUGACCAUUAUCUGGGGCGUCGAGAACUUUGCGACCAACUUUGGCAUCAUUGCGACGGUCCCCGCCAUCGGCUCCGUCGUGUGGGGCUCCAUCUUCUCAAGUGUGUACCAGGCCGGUGCGGAUGCCAUGCAAGUCGGGCCGGGUCAAGAGGACGACGACGUCUUCUGCUACGGCAAGCAAUGCUACAGCCCGACGUUCUGGGCCGAGGGCAUCACGGUGCUCGUCGCGUGCGGGCUGUUGUGGUGGGCCUGGAAAGGCAAAGGCGGCUGGCAGCAGCGCGGCAUUGUCAUUUGA